CUCAUUUAUUUGGGCUCAUUUUCUUGGUUGAUAUGGGGACUUUUUAGCUAAUUUUAUUUGCUACUUGACACAAUUUAGAUUGUUUGUAAAUUGAGAAUUGUGUGGAGCUAAGUUUCAUUUCAUUUCUUAAAUCAUGAUAUAUUCCUCACCAUUUGAAUUGGGUCUUGUAGGAUAUAGGAAUUGAUACAUGAUUCAAGUGAAGCCUAAUCAACUCAAGAGGAGUUCAACCAAGUGGAGAAGAUUCACAUUUUAUUUGACUCCAACCAAAUUCAUUAAGCCAACCCAUUGCUCUUGACCUAAGUUCAACCCUCACACCAAAUCCCUAAAUUCUCCCUAAACCAGAUCAGGAUUUACCCUAAUUCCGGUUUAAUUGGACCAAGGUAUAAAGUCCAGAAAACUCGCGGAUGAACAGUGGCUGCGCCUACUGUUCAUCGUGCCAAAUUCCUGCAUCCGCAUUUUUUCUCUCCAUCGUAGCCCCCAAAUCUUCUUCUGAUCAACUUCUCAAGCGUCAAUGUUGGUGUAGAAGACUAAGACGACUUCUGGGCAGACCUCAGGUAGCUGGAAUCUCGCUAAGAGGGUUUCUAUUGCGAGUUCUCUGCGUCUGAAGCUCCCUUGCUGCUAUCUGCUUUUGGAGUCAACGUUGGUGAGGGUUUCUUCAAUUGAGACUUCAACUGCAGUGUGGAACCAAGUUUAGCAGCUGUCUUCGCUUCAUCUCUGAUUUCCGGAGUCGAAGAUUUCAAUUCUGGUCCUUGUGUGACGGCAAGGAGUUUGGUGUUGAGAAUUGAUUGAGAUUAAGUUUGGCUAGUUUCAUUUCUGCAAUUUAGAUUAAGUAUUUUGUUCCUGCAAUUUUGUUUCUUCAAUUCCUGUUUCCAAAUUCUUACUACUGCACUUGAACUCUUUAAUUUUUGUUAGUGCAAUUUAGUUCUUUAAUCAUCUUUUUCCUGCAAACUUGUUACUGCAAUUUAUGUCCUGCACAUUAGACUAAAUUCUACAAUUUAGCUGCAAUUCAGUUUCUACACAUUUUAAUUUUGCAUUUUAUUCCCUACUUAAUUUAGCAAAUUUUGUUUGUGAAAAUUGUGAUUCUAAGUGUUUGAUCUGCCUUUCAAUUCUGCUGUGUGAUUCUAUAAUUUUCUACAAAUUUAAGUUGAGUUGUGUUGGUCUUUAAGUUUAGUUGCUCUUCUAAUUACUUUAGGAUAAGUAUCUUUAGCUUGUUAAAAAAUUUAGCUUUCUUGUUGAAUUUAAAUUCUGCUGUAGAUUAGAUUUAGAUAAUUAUCGUCUAUUUUACUGGUUUGUAUUUUGAUUUUAAUUUAGGAUUUAGUUCAAAACCCCACAACCCCACUUUUAAGAAGAAAACCCAAAAAGAACCCAAGAAGAGAUUUGGAUAUGAAUCAAAUACUCACCAACUAGUUUCCUUGAGGAAAUCGACUUGGGCCCUAUACUACAUAAUUCUUGUGCAAAUUUAGGGUUCUAAAACAUUACGUUAAUUUGAUAAGUCCAUUUGUGACACGUAAAAUUUUAGGCUUAUCAAAUUUUGGCGUCGUUGCCGAGGAAACAAAAACUAGUAUUGUUUGUUUGAUUUUAGAUUGUGCAGAGUGUUAUCUCUUCUUCAUUUUCAUUGUCUUGAUUUAUUGCCUAUCGACUUGUUGCUACUUGUUGAUUGUGGUUUAUGACCAGGUCUUCAUGCGAUAAAUUGUUUGAGCUUGAUCCAGAGAUAGAGAGGACUUUUAGAGCUUUGAGGAUUCAAGAGAGAACACCAGAAAUUUCUGAAAGUAAUUUUCAAGUUUUGGAUAUUUCAAUGGCAAAGAACAACAGAACUAUGAAGGAACUUGCUGCUCCUGAUACGGCUUACAAGUAUUCUUGCAUUACUUAUCUAGACUUGUCAGUGGAUUUCGAGCUCAGAUCGGGUUUAAUUCAUUUGCUUCCUAAGUUUCAAGGCUUAUUAGGGGAAGAUCCUAACAGAUAUUUGCAUGAGUUCCAUGUGGUUUGCUCUACUAUGAAACCACAAGGCAUUUCAGAGGAGGAUAUCAAGUUGAGAGCCUUCCCAUUUUCAUUAUCAGGAUCAGCAAAGGAAUGGUUGUACUAUCUUCCAGCCGGAUUCAUUACGAGUUGGAUUGACAUGAAGAGGGCAUUUUUAGAGAAAUACUUCCCGGCUUCUAGAACCACAACUAUAAGGAAGAACAUCUGUGGUAUUCCACAAGUUGUGGGAGAGACUCUUUAUGAUUACUGGGAGAGGUUCAAGAAAUUGUGUUCAAGCUGUCCUCAACAUCAAAUUAGUGACCAGUUACUUGUUCAAUAUUUUUAUGAAGGUUUGUUACCUAUGGAUAGGAGCAUGAUUGAUGCUGCAGCUGGAGGUGUUUUGGUUAACAAGACUCCAGAACAAGCAAGGGAACUCAUUGCAAAUAUGGCAGAAAAUUCUCAACAAUUUGGGAGUAGGGCACUUACUACUAGAGGAGUUGGUGAAGUUCAAACGGUAUCAAAUGAGUAAAAGGAGAACAAGAGUUCAUUGUUGGAGUUGACAUCUUUAGUAAAACAAAUGGCGUUGAAUAGUGCUAGCCAAGUUUCAUCUUUUCCAGUUCAAACGAUGAGAGUUUGUGGCAUUUGUUCGAGUCAAGAGCACACUUCGGAAUUAUGUCCAAAUCUCCAUCAAGAUGAAUCAAUGGCGGCUAUAUCAAGACCACAAUUUCAGCAAAGAUAUGAUCCAAAAUUUUCCACCUACAAUCCGGGUUGGAAGGAUCAUCCAAAUUUAAAGUACGGGAAUUCCUUCUACCAACAACCACCUCAAAAUCAGAAUGUGCAUAAUUUUCAGCAAUUUCAACAAUCCAACGCUCCAAAUCAGUUUUAAUAUCAGCAAUUUCAGUCACUUGCUGUUCCAAACCAAUUCUAGCAUCAAAAUCAACAAUUUCAGCAUCCUAAUCAGUUCCAACAGCAAUCAUAUGCCUCUUUCCAUCCACAAAAUCAGCAACCAAAUUUUCAGCAGCAAAUACAGAAUUUCCAACAACCUACACAAAAUUUACAACCUACACAGAAUUUCCAGCAAUCUACACAGAAUUGGCAGCAACCAAAUUCUUCUUUUUCUUCUCAACCGAGGUCCUAUUCAAAUCAAAGUAGUAACAACAGUUCAAAUGCAGCAAGUACACAGCAGCAACAAAAGAUGGAGGAUAUGAUGCAGCAGAUUUUGCAACAGCAGCAAUUAGUUUUACAGCAGCAACAACAUCAACAGAGGACCGAUUCUGCUUUGCAAAACAUUGAGAGACAAAUUGGCCAGUUGGCAAGCAACAUCAAUCAGAGGCAAGUCCAAGGAUCAAAUCAAUUGCCUUCACAAACAACUCCAAAUCCUAGGAGAAAUGUUAGUGCAUUGACUCUUCGAAGUGGUAAGACAACUUCAGAAUUAGUGCGGAAUGUUCCAGGUGGAUCAAAUCUGGUUUCAUCAGGUUCAAUUCCAGCUUCAACAAAUGUUGUGCAACCUCCAGAUUUUGUUCAAAAUAAGUUAGAUUCUACUGCAAAUUAGCUUCGGAAUUUUUCAGCAUCUUCAGCCCAAACAGAUUCUGCAUUACCUGGAAAUGUUGGUGUUGUUCAACCGGAUUCUGCACAGCUAAUAUUAUCAGAUUCUACUCAAUUUGAUGGCUCAGGAAAAGCUCCAACAGAAGUUCAGAAUUCAGAAAGAAAUUUUCAACAGCAAGGUGCCGAUAUUCACAUCCCUUUGCCUUUUCCUCAAAGAAAAGUCCAGCAAAGAAAGAAUGUAGAGGAAGAGAAAGCUAGAGAAUUUCAAGACCUUGUGAAUUUAUUCAUCAAAGUGGAAGUGAAUGUGCCUUUGUUAACAAUGAUUAAGCAAAUUCCGAAAUAUGCUAAAUUUCUAAAUGAUUUAUGUGUUCACAAAAAGAAGUUAAAUGGGGAAGAAUUGAUUAGCAUGGGGAAGAAUGUUUCAGCCCUUAUUCAGCCAGUUCCUAAAAAAUGUGAAAAUCCUGGAGUGUUCACUGUGCCUUGUGAGAUUGGAAGUUGUGUUUUCGAAGAUGCCAUGUUGGAUCUAGGAGCAUCAAUCAAUGUGAUGCCAAAAUCAGUCUUUCAGACACUUGGAAUUGGUCCUCUACAGCAGACUGGAGUUGUUAUUCAGUUAAUUGACCAUAGCCAAGCUCAUCCAGCCGGAGUAAUUGAAGAUGUGUUGGUGAAGGUGAGAGAGCUUAUUUUUCCUGCAGAUUUCUACAUUCUGGAUAUGAAGGGAGAUUUACUUGCGAAUAGAUCUCCACUCAUUCUUGGUAGGCCAUUUCUGAAGACUGCAAGAACGAAGAUUGAUGUGCACGCUGGAACACUAUCCAUGGAGUUUGCAGAUAUAGUGGUUCAGUUUAGUUUAUCUGAUGCUAUGAAGCACCCGUCAGAGGACCACUCUAUUCUUAGCAUUGACAUAGCAGAUGAGUUGAUUAGCAUGGAUUUGACUUUUGGCCUUGAGUCUCAGCUGGAUAUUUCUGAGGGUGAGGAGUGCCUAUAUGAUUCUAAGGUUUCUACUGAAAGUGAUGGUAAUGUGGGAGCAGUUGAUAUGGAGCUCGUUGGUAGUUCAAGUUCAUUGGAAGACAAAUAUUUAAGUGUAGGGGAUUGCACAGAGGAAGCAAUACCCCAAGAAUCACAUAUUUUGAUUGAAGUGUCACCUGAAUCAGGAAAAGGUGAAUAUGUAAGUGUAAGGGAUUGCACAGAGGGAGCAAUACCCUAAGAAUCACUACAGUCUGUUAUUGAUGCACAGCAGCCAGAGUUGAAGCCCCUUCCUGAACACCUUAAGUAUGCAUUUUUGGGAGAAGGACAGCAGCUACCUGUUAUUAUAGAUCAGAAUUUAGAGCCAGAGCAAGAACAGAGAUUAUUGGGAAUUCUGAGACAGCAUAGGAAAGCUAUUGGGUGGACACUUGCUGAUAUUCCUAGUGUCAGUCCUUCGAUUUGUAUGCAUCGGAUUUAUUUAGAGGAGGAUGUGAAACCAGUGAGACAACCACAGAGAAGACUUAACCCAUUAAUACUCGACGUUGUAAAGAAAGAGGUGACUCGACUUUUACAGGCUAGUAUUAUUUACCCGAUUUCUGACUACAAAUGGAUAAGUCCAAUUCAUGUGGUUCCCAAGAAGUUAGGCAUUACAGUGGUAGCUAAUGAGGCUAAUGAGUUGGUACCUACCAGAAUUCAGAAUUCAUGGAGAGUUUGUGUGGACUAUAGGAAACUGAAUCAGACUAGCAGAAAGGACCACUACCCAUUGCCUUUUAUUGAUCAGAUGUUGGAGAGAUUGGCAGGGAAGUCUCACUAUUGUUUCCUUGAUGGAUAUAUAGGAUAUUUUCAGAUUUGCAUCGCUCCUGAGGAUCAAGAGAAGACCACUUUCACUUGCCCCUUUGGUACAUUCGCGUACAAACAUAUGCCGUUCGGGCUUUGCAAUGCACUAGGGACAUUCCAAUGAUGUAUGGUGAGUAUUUUUGGUGAGUUAUUAGAGCAUUGCAUGGAGUUUUUUAUGGAUGACUUUUCGGUUUACGGUUCAUCUUUCGAUGCAUGUUUGGAACAUUUAUCUCGAGUUUUGAAUCGUUGCAUUGAGACAGAUCUGGUUUUAAAUUUUGAAAAAUGUCAUUUCAUGGUUGAGCACGACAUUGUUUUGGGACAUGUCAUUUCUAGGGAAGGUAUUAAAGUAGAUCCUGCUAAGAUUAAUGUUAUAUCUUCUUUAUCUCACCCCGCAUGCGUGCGGGAGGUUCGAGCUUUUCUUGGUCAUGCAGGUUUCUAUAGGAGAUUCAUACGUGAUUUAAGUAAAAUUGUUCUUCCCUUGAGUCAGCUACUGCAGAAGGAUGUGACUUUUCAUUUUGAUCAGAAGUGCAAAGAGGCUUUUGAGAAGCUGAAAGAAGCCCUUGUUACAGCACCCAUCAUUAGCCCACCAGAUUGGAGCCUUCCUUUUGAGUUGAUGUGCGAUGCUUCAAAUUAUGCAGUGAAAGCUGUACUUGCACAGAGAGUGGAUGGAGCACCACACGUUAUUUGUUAUGCUUCAAAGACUUUGGAUGUUGCACAAGCAAACUAUACCACAACAAAAAAAGAGCUUCUUUCUAUUGUGUUUGCUUUGGAUAAAUUCAGAUCAUAUUUAUUGUGUUCUCAUGUAAUUGUAUUUUCUGAUCAUGCAGCUCUAAAAUACCUCCUCAAGAAGCCCGAUGCGAAACCUAGGUUGAUCAGAUGGAUGCUUCUGCUCCAAGAAUUCGACGUGGAGAUACGCGAUAGGAGUGGAAGGGAGAACCUAGUGGUAGAUCAACCUGAGUAGGAUCGAGGGAGAAAUUGACCACAAGGAUAUUGCUGAUGAGUUUCCAGAUGAGCACCUCCUACAGCUACACGGUGAGACUCCAUGGUAUGCGGAUCUGGUUAAUUUUCUAGUAGCACAAGUUUAUCCCACACAAUUUUCAAAAGCUCAAAAAGAUAAAUUAAAAAAUGAUUCAAAAUUCUAUGCGUGGGAUGAUCCUUACUUGUGGAAGUUUUGUAGUGAUCAGAUCAUUAGGAGGUGCAUUCCUGAUUAUGAGUUUCAUUCUGUACUUACUUUUUGUCAUUCAUUAGCAUGUGGUGGCAAUUUUGGAUCCCAAAGAACUGCUAGGAAAGUGUUAGAGUGUGGAUUAUAUUGGCCCACCCUGUUUCGCGAUGCAUAUGUUUUUUAUAAAUCAUGUAAUAGGUGUCAGCGAACUGGAAACAUAGGCCCUAGGAAUGAAAUGUCCCAACAAACUAUGUUGUUUU